ACGCCUUCGACGCCGACGCCGAGGGUGCCUCGGGCAGCCGAUAUGACCGGGCCGAUGAGCGACGCGCACUGUCCGACAUCCCAGUCCGUCACCUGCCUCGCUUAACGCUGCCGAGCGCACACACACCCGAUGUGAUUGAUCGGGAGCUUGCUCAUCAAUGACGCCAAGGUCGGAACAUUAGCCGCGGUGCUGGGGAAACUCAUAACGUGCUGCCUGCCCGUUGCUCUUCCCGCCAUUGCUCACAUCGCAACGACAACAAACAGCAGCAACAACUACAAUGUCCGAGGCCAAGUCUUUCCGCCAGCUCGCCGGCAUCCCGCCCUCGACCGCGUCGACCAAGGACUCGGUGCUCGUCAUUGUUGACGCGCAGAACGAGUACGCCAACGGCUACCUCGCCGUCACCAACACCGAGACGUCGCGCCCGGCCAUUGCCGCCCUGCUGGAGAAGUACCGCGCUGGCGGUGGACACAUUGUGCACGUCGUGCACCAGGUCCCCGAGGGCACGCCCGUCUUCACGCCCGGCACCGAGCUCGCCGAGGAGUUCGACGAGCUCAAGCCCGCCGGCGGCCCGAACGAGACGGUGGUCGUCAAGAAGUUCCCCGGCUCGUUCGCCGAGACCAACCUCGACGAUAUUGUCAAGAAGACGGGCCUCAAGAAGCUCGUCCUCGUCGGGUACAUGGCGCACGUGUGCAUCAGCACGACGGCGCGCCAGGCCGCCCAGCGCGGGUACGACGUGCUCAUUGCCGGCGACGCGGUCGGCGACCGCGACAUUCCUGGCGCGACCGGUGCCGAGGUGACCAAGACUGUGCUUCUCGAGCUCGGUGACGCGUUCGGCACCGUCAUCAACAGCACUGAUGUGCAGCUUGCCAAGUAGGGCGUUGGGGGAGUUUGCUGAGGCGGGAUAGGUCGUAAGAAGUAUCGCGAUGUGAAGGGUACAAGGAGUAGA